AUGCAAUUGCCCUUCACUGCUCCAAAUAACGGAACUAUGGGUCGUUUACAUUCUCUACUCAAAUCGCCCCCUCCUGUCGAAAAAACGGCAAUGAUAGAUUUGGAAGAAUGCGAAGGUGCUAGACUUGUAAAGUGUGGAGAUGGAUGCAAAUUUAAUUUAAACUACCCUUCCAAUUUUUAUUACUCCACUACCGCCUCCUCCUCUAAAUCAGAAGAAAAUAAAAAUAACAACAAUAACGUGCCUAUUUACAACAGCAAAAAUUGCAAAUACCCCUCAAAAAUAUCAAUCCCCUUCAAAUUCUUUUCUGUUGGCCAAAUGUGUCUGUUGAGAUUAUGCAACGCUACUCUAGUGUACAAUAGAUAUACUCAAAUGGCAAAUUUUGUGGAGACUCAAAUGACUGCCCCAAUUCCGAAUAUUGACCAUAGGGCAAAUUGUACUGUAUUUUUUGAUUUUUCAAAGGAAAAUUUGAGGGGAAGAUUGAAUGAGAAAAUGAAGGGAGAGGAUACUCAAGUGGACAAUUCGUCCCAUUUUGUUAAUGAAGGAGCCAAUAAUGGAGGAAGAUCAUUUGACGUUAAAAGUAUCUUCUUAAGAUCAACAACAACAUCAAUGGAAAAAGAAUCAACACCACCAGAAAACCUUAAAGAACAAGAAAAAGAUUUGAACGAUAUUGAGACUGAUGCAAGAGAUAGUGAUCCAACGGUCUUAGAAACUGACUCGCCUGAACCUUGGAAUAGACAAGCCGAGUCGGAAAUGGGUGGAAACAAUGGAGGAAAUAAAUUUUCGGAUCAAAAUUUAAAUGGGUGGGUAGAAGAAGGAGAAGAGUACAGUUGGGUCAAAGUCUUUGUAACUAAUGAACGCGUGAACCGUUCGAAGCGAUUUUGGUGUCAUUCGAUAGAGAAUUAAAUUAGCUAUCUAAAAAGCGAAGAAACUAAAAUUUAAAUUAAAAAUACAAAAUUUUAUUAGAGAAAAAACUGGGAGAAGGUGAACGAUUUUAUUGAAAUCUAGUUAGUUUAAGAGCGAUAACUUUUUUUAUUUUUAAGAUAGAAUUUUAAUUUAAAUUUUAUUUAGUAGCAAAUUUAAAGCUCUAUCGAAUGACAUAAGUUUCAUUAGAAUCGGUUCACUGGUUCCAGAGUUAUGAGGCUUGGACUUAACCAAGGUCUCAUUUACUAGACUCUAAAAUCCCUCUUUAAUUUUUUCCACAAUUUAUUCAAGAAUCUCUUCCCAACAACCCACUUUCCCAACCCAACCAACCACUAAUCAACAAAACUCCGACCUUAACAAAUGUGCCAUAUAUGAAAAACAAACUUCUAUAAAUAAUAAUUUUGACUCCAAUAACACCCCCUUAUCAACUACAAUUAUUAGUAUAUUUUCUGAUGAUGAUUAUGCUCGUUAUAUACUUCAAGGCCAAUUUCGAGUGCCCAUAGGUUUUUACA